ACAACACAACACAAACAACAACAACAACAGAAUAGAAGAAGAGAAAGGGAAGGAGGGAGAGAGAGAGAGAGAGAGAGAGUUGCUUUUACUACGAACCGCACAAUUAAAAAAACAAAACAAAAUAAAAUAAAAAAUUUGACGGCGUUAAAAUCACCUUUUUGACGGCAAGUCCUAACCACUUCUCACUCUCUCUCCUCUCCCCUCCCCCCGAUCUAUCUCUUCUUCUUCUUCUUCUAACACCACCGUCCAAUCUAUUUUUUCUCCGUCUACACAAAGUCUUUCCCUUUCCAAAAAUAAGGAAAAAAAAAAAAAAAAAGAAAAAAAGAAAACUCAAUUCCAUUUCUCUUUCUCCUUCUUCUUCUCCUUCUUCUUCUUCUUUCUUUCAUUCUUUGUUUGUUUGUUCCUCCGUUUCUCAGGCGAGGGCUCCGAAUCUCGCCGGAGAAUUUCUUUUCAAUUUCUUUCCUAAAACCUAAGAAGCCGAGCUCUCCUCCUGCGCUUUACCCGAGCUCUGGAGGAAGAUUAUUGGUUACAACCAUCAUCAACCUAAGCUUCUUUCUUCAAUGGAUGCUUCAAGUUUUUAAUAUAAUAAAACUAAAAAGGAAAAACAAAAAAACAUGAAGGGGAUGGAGGUGCUGAAGCUAACGUGCAAUGCAGGAAAAUUGAGCAUCAAACCCUUUGGAGGAUCUUGCACGGCACAGAUGCCUAGAUGAUUCCUUCUUCAACCUCCCAUGCCUUAUGCCGUAAUCUAUUCUUUUUUUUUUCCCCUUUCUUCUUCUUCUUCUUCUUCUUCCUUGUCUUCCUCUUUCUUGUUUAAAUUCUUCCUCUUCUUCUUCUUCUUUCUCUAAAUUCUUGUUCCGAUCUUUCUUCUGCUUUCUUCUUCUUUCCUCUUCUUUGUUUGUUCUUGUUUUCAAAGAUUUUUGUAGGCUCGAGGGAAGUUUUUGAAUUGCCUUCUGAAGGACUGGGGUUGCAAUUUUUGGCGUCUUUUUUUAUGGAGCUUCUUUGAGUUUUCUUUCUUUAUUUUGGGAUUUGUUCUUUUUCGGUCAUCAUGCCGUCUGAAGUUUUGGACUUGAAGGGUUUGUCUUCAUCUUCCUUCUUCUCCGACGAUUUACGUCAUACAGAUGAGGGGCAGGUUGGAGUUUGGAAGUCAGCUAGUGUGCCAAAUCACCGUGCCAGUAACAUAUCAGGUUCUUCAUCAUCUGUGGAAAAAUUUUCAAUAGGUGAGUGCCUGCCCAAGAACUCCCUGGAAAGUCAUGAUUCAUUUCCUGUGAGAGACCAGAAUGCAAGUCUUAUACUGAAUAGACAUGCUGUUGGAGCUGAAAGAACAUCCAAUUAUUUUUCUCGAAGUAAUGAAGUUAAUAUGAUGAAUUCUCAGUAUGAGAGCAGUCUUUUCUCGAGUUCUUUAUCAGAUAUAUUUACUAGGAAGUUGCGCUUUUCUCCGAGCAAUGCUCUAUAUGGCCAUUCUGUUGAUACUGUUGCAUCUCACUUUGAGGAGGAGGAAGUUUUUGAGUCACUUGAAGAAUUGGAGGCUCAAACCAUCGGAAACCUCCUCCCUGACGAUGAUGACUUACUGGCAGGAGUAACUGAUGGGCUUGAUUGUUUGGUUGAAACUACUGGCGAGGAUGAUGCUGAGGACUUAGAUUUUUUUAGCAAUGUUGGUGGGAUGGAUUUGGGUGAUGAUGGUUUAUCUGUGGGACAGAAGAAUUCUGAAUCUCCUGGACUUUUUAACAAUUUGCCGGGGAUGCAUAAUGGUGCUAUGGCUGGAGAGCAUCCUUUGGGCGAACAUCCUUCCAGGACUCUGUUCGUGAGAAACAUAAAUAGCAAUGUUGAAGAUUCUGAAUUGAAGGUCCUUUUUGAGCAAUAUGGAGACAUUCGUACUCUUUAUACAGCAUGCAAACACCGAGGGUUUGUUAUGAUAUCCUACUAUGAUAUUAGAGCUGCCCGUAAUGCAAUGAAAGCACUCCAGAAUAAACCCUUGAGACGAAGGAAGCUUGACAUACAUUAUUCUAUACCGAAGGACAACCCUUCUGAAAAAGAUAUCAACCAAGGAACUCUUGUUGUUUUUAACCUUGAGUCUUCUGUAUCAAAUGAAGAACUUCGGCAAAUAUUUGGUGUCUAUGGAGAAAUCAAAGAGAUCCGUGAAGCCCCCCACAGAAGUCAUCAUAAAUUCAUUGAAUUUUAUGAUAUCCGAGCUGCAGAGGCUGCUCUUUGUGCAUUAAACCUGAGUGAUAUAGCAGGGAAGCAGAUAAAGCUUGAGCCAAGUCGUCCUGGUGGUGUGAGACGCAGUUUGGUACAACAAUUACAUCCACAAUUGGAGCGGGAAGAUAUUGGUCUCUAUUUGCAACAGGGUAGCCCUCCCGUUAACUGUAGUGCCGGUUUCUCUGGCUUAGUUCCUAGUGGGACUAUCAAGUCUAGCAGCCUGAGUAAUGGAUCUGUUCUUGGAGUACACUCUAUGUUACGAGCUCCAUCUUUGGAGACUGUGUUGCAUCAUGGGAUAUCUUCUAGCGUUCCUAGUAGCUUACCUUCUGUAAUGAGAUCUGAAUCAACUGGCAACCAAUCUGGCUUCAUUGACUCUGGUCAUUCACCUUCACAACUGAAGCUAGGUAUCCGGGCAUCUUCAGCUGUUCAUCCUCAUUCACUUCCAGAACACCCUGAUGGUUUGAACAACAACGUUCACUGCAAUUCUCUAAAUACGCUUGCAGGAAACAUCAAUCUACGAUCAUCUGAAAGACCUGAUAGCAGGCAGCUAUGUGGAGUGAACUUUAAUGGUCGCUCAAUUGAAUUGAAUGAAGAUGUUUUUGCAUCUGGUGGUAACAGAACAUGCCCCAUUCCUGGACCUCAUUAUGCAUGGGGUAACUCCUACCGGCCCCAGCCUCCAGCUCCAGGUGUUGUAUGGCCAAAUUCUCCAUCUUAUAUGAAUGGAAUUGCUGCUGCCCAUACCCCAACCCAGGUCCAUGGAGUUCCAAGAGCAGCAUCCCAUUUGAUGCACACAGUUAUGCCCAUGAAUAAUCACCACGUAGGAUCAGCACCAGCUGUUAAUCCUUCUAUUUGGGAUAGACAACAUGCUUAUGCUGGGGAAUUGUCAAAGGCCUCUGGUUUCCAUUCAGGUUCCAUAGGGAAUAUGAAUUUGUCUAACAAUUCACCACAGUCUAUGGAUUUUUUCUCUCAUAUCUUCCCUCAAGUUGGUGGAAAUUCUGUAGAGCUUCCUAUCCCUCAACGGAAUGUAGGACUACAAUCUCAUCAUCAGCGGUGCAUGGUUUUUCCUGGACGGGGCCAAAUUCUUCCAAUGAUGAAUUCAUUUGACUCUUCAAAUGAACGUGGUAGAAGCCGAAGAAAUGAAGCAGUCUCUAAUCAAGCAGAUAAGAAGCAAUAUGAACUUGAUAUUGAUCGCAUAAUGAGGGGUGAAGACAAUCGUACUACACUUAUGAUAAAGAACAUUCCUAACAAGUACACCUCAAAGAUGCUUUUGGCUGCAAUUGAUGAACGCCAUCGAGGAACCUACGACUUCAUCUAUCUGCCCAUUGACUUUAAGAACAAAUGUAACGUAGGAUAUGCGUUCAUUAACAUGACUGAUCCUGGCCUAAUUAUUCCAUUCUAUGAGGCAUUUAAUGGAAAAAAAUGGGAGAAAUUCAAUAGUGAGAAGGUGGCAUCACUUGCAUAUGCUCGCAUACAGGGAAAAGCUGCUCUCAUUGCUCAUUUCCAGAAUUCAAGCUUAAUGAAUGAAGAUAAGCGAUGUCGACCAAUCCUUUUCAACACAGAUGGCCCCAAUGCAGGCGAUCAGGUUCCGUUUCCGAUGGGGGUAAAUGUACGCACUAGGCCUGGCAAAACUCGAAGCAAUACGCCGGACGAAAAUUCUGAUGAAGGUCUACUAAUUUCCGGAAAUGGUGAGAAUUAUCCAAGUGGAGACACAUCUUCUUCAUGUCUUGUAAAGGAUUUGGACCAGCCCGUACCAUAAUUUUUUGUGUUCACUAACCUUAGAGGACGAAGUAACAUAAAACUACAUCCACCAAAGUUUGACUUAAUUUUUCAUAGUGGCUGAAGGCAGGGCAAUUCGCUGCAGUUCAUGACAUUAGAGAAGGAAUGCUUAGCCAAUGCUAUGUCAGUCUCCUUCCCCUCACCGUCAAAGGGAAGAAAAAGAACAAAAGAACCCAAAAAAAAAAAAAAAAAAAAAAAAGAGAAAAAAAACAAAGGAGCUCUGAAACAAUAGUUCAAGGAGCAUCUGUUGGAGCCUCCAAAUUUUGAUUUUGAGAGUGAUAAUAUUAUAUAUUAUAAGAGAUGGAAAUUAAAAAAGGGAAAGACUUCAUGUAUAUGAGUAUUUGAUCCUUGGAGAUAUUUUGUCAUGGUUUGACGUGAGCAGAUGAGGCUUCCUCCGCUAUACCCCCACUUUUUUUUUUCUUUCUUCUUUUUGUUAUUUUUUACUUUUGUUGAUUUUUCUUGUUCCAUUUUUAUUUUGGGUUUGACUUGCAAAUUACUUGUAACAGUUGAGAAUGUGAGAGACAGACAGACAGAGGGAGCUCAUGUGAAAAAUUUUGAAAUGAACUAAUUAUCAAAAUUUCCUUUGCUUUC